AUGGCUAGAAUUCUACAGUUGGUUGUAUCGUUUCUUGUUUGCGGGAUGGUUAUGGUUGAUGCUACAUCGCAGAAUUUCUCGGCUGCUGCAGCUGGUAAUGGUAUCUGCAGAUCAGUGGUCGAGCCACUAGGCUACAGCUGUGCAGAACACACGGUGACUACAAAAGAUGGUUACAUCCUCAGCAUGCAGAGAAUUGCUAGCAAUUCUGGUGGUGGUUCCAGAAAGCCUGUUCUUCUGCAGCAUGGACUGUUCAUGGAUGGAAUGACCUGGCUUCUACUACCUCCAGGACAAAAUCUGGCAUUCCUCUUGGCAGAUAAUGGUUAUGAUGUCUGGAUUGUCCAUGGCCGUGGGACCACGUCCAGCCGAGGCCAUGUAUCUUAUGCUCCAGAUGACAGAGCUUAUUGGGAUUGGUCAUGGGACGAAUUGGCAGCUCAGGAUCUUCCUGCCACGGUUGAUUAUAUCUAUGACCAGACGAAACAGAAGCUGCACUUUGUUGGACACUCCCAGGGAAAUUUGCUAGCUCUAGCAGCUGUUUCAAGAGGCCAUCUUGUCAACAAGUUGAGUUCAGCUACUUUGCUUUGUCCUGUCGCUUAUAUGCAUCACAUGUCAUCACUCCUCAUGAGAGGGUCUAUCAAUCUCUUCUUCGCCGAGGGAUUUUACUGGCUGAAGAUUAAGGAAUUUGAUCCAAAUGGGGGUCCUGCUCAAAAGUUUCUUGAGAAAAUGUGCAAGCUGCCAUUUGUGGACUGCAGCAACUUGAUGACUGCAUUGACAGGGAAGAACUGCUGUCUGAAACCUUCUGCAAUGGAUUCGUUCCUGAAAUAUGAGCCUCAACCAACAUCAACUAAGAACUUGCUCCAUCUUUCUCAAAUGGUGAGAAGAGGGACAAUAACUAUGUAUGAUUACGACAACGAGGGCCAAAAUGUGAAGCGUUAUGGGCAGCCUAGCCCUCCGGUGUACGACAUGACCCGAAUUCCGAAGGACUUGCCUCUCUUCCUCACUUAUGGAGGCACAGAUGGAAUUACCUCUGAUAAAGAUGUGCAGAUCUUGCUGGGAAGCUUGAAGGACCAUAUGGGAGACAAGCUUGUGACUCAGUUCAUAGAUAACUAUGCUCAUGCGGACUAUGUCAUGGCUGAUAAUGUCAGGGAAAAGGUUUAUGACCCACUGCUCGGUUUUCUUAAUCAGUAUUGA